ACGUCACUUCCGCGCGCCACGGGACGCCAGCUUAAGGCGCAGACCGCCGCAGUGUGGUCUGUUCCUGCGAUUCGGUCUUGAUUUUCGCUUGAGAGCCAUGGAGAGCGACUUUUACCUGCGUUACUACGUGGGUCACAAAGGCAAGUUCGGUCAUGAGUUCCUGGAGUUCGAAUUCCGACCUGACGGGAAAUUGAGAUAUGCCAACAACAGUAAUUAUAAAAAUGAUGUCAUGAUUCGAAAAGAGGCUUAUGUACAUAAAAGUGUGAUGGAAGAAUUAAAGAGAAUUAUUGAUGACAGUGAAAUCACCAAAGAAGAUGAUGCUUUGUGGCCCCCUCCUGAUAGAGUAGGCCGGCAAGAGCUUGAAAUUGUUAUUGGAGAUGAACACAUUUCUUUCACAACAUCAAAAAUUGGUUCCCUUAUUGAUGUCAACCAAUCUAAGGAUCCAGAGGGCUUACGGGUGUUUUAUUAUCUUGUUCAGGACCUCAAGUGUCUAGUCUUCAGUCUUAUUGGACUACACUUCAAGAUUAAGCCAAUCUAGAUGAAAUAUUGUGGACUUCAGGGGCGUGGGGGUAGUUUUUAGUUACCAUAAUUAGGAAAUUUUUGUGUAUAUUGAGGAAAUUUUUUAUAAACAAUAAAUGGUCUUUAAUACAAGCUAUAAAA